AUGGCAGAUACAAGAAACGUGACUGAAAUCCUUUUCCUGGGAUUUUCCUAGAACCAGCAGGUGCAGAAGGUCAUUUCUGCCAUAUUCCUUCUCAUGUACACGGCCGUCGUGCUGGGCAAUGUCCUCAUCUUGGUGACGAUCCUGGCCAGCAAAGGGCUCUCCUCGCCCAUGUAUUUCUUCCUCAUCUACUUGUCCUUAGUAGAGAUCUGCUACUGUUCUGUCACAGCCCCCAAGCUCAUCUUAGACACUUUGACCAGGAGUAAGGUGAUUUCGCUCCAGGGCUGCGUGACGCAGAUCUUUUUCCUCCAUUUCUUCAGCGGCACUGAGAUCUUCCUUCUGACGGUCAUGGCCUACGACCGGUACGUGGCCAUCUGCAGGCCAUUGCACUAUAGGACCAUCAUGUACCCGCGAGCCUGUGGCCUCCUGGUGGCGGCGGCAUGGGGUGGGGUCUUGCUGCAUUCUCUGGGACAAACCUUCCUCAUUUUCCAACUGCCCUUCUGUGGCCCCAACGUCAUUGACCACUACUUCUGCGACGUCCACCCAGUGCUGAAGAUGGCCUGCUCGGACACCUUCCUCAUCAGCCUGCUGAUCAUCGUCAACGGCAGCUCCAUCUCGGUGUUGAGCUUGGCGGUGCUGCUGGCGUCCUACGCGGUCAUCCUGCACUCGCUGCGGAGCCGCCCCACCCUGGGGCAGCGCAAGGCCCUCUCCACCUGCGUGUCCCACCUGGCGGUGGUCGGCCUCUUCUUCAUCCCCUGCGCCUUUGUCUACCUGCGGCCCUGCAUCACCCUCCCUGCGGACAAGAUGGUGGCCGUGCUUUACAAGAUGCUCACGCCUCUCCUAAACCUGGUCAUCUACUCCUUCAGGAAUGCGGAGGUGAAAGACGCGGCCUGGAGGCUUAUGCGGGGGAGGGCGGCUGCGGAGAGAAGCAGGUGA